AUGAACCAGCCGAUCACCCCGAAACUGCUUACCAACCGAUUCCUUGUCAAUCUGGAGUCGUUCUUCAAUGACAUUUCAAUGAAUGGUUUCCAAACCAAUGAGUUGAGUGGACUUCUCCGAUGGAUAAGACUAGUCAGAGAGGACGAGGAGACUCGUGGAUACAAAUUCAGUGCGGACCAGCUAUCUAUUGAUGAGAUUACAAAACAAUCGACACUUCUUCCACUGAUGAAUGAUUUUUUGGACGGAUUAUUGGCUCAAAUGAAGGAAAUCGGAUGCCCAAAGUCACAAUGGCUGUCACUGAACAUGUCCAUUGUGAGAAGAGGAGGAUCAAGAAAGAAGAGCAAUGAGUCAGCUACAACAUAA